AUGCAAAUCCUCAUCACCGGCGCCGCAGGCUUCGUCGGCCAGCUGCUCGCCAAAGAGCUCCUCAACGACCCUGCCUACCAAGUCACUCUGACCGAUAUCGUUCAACCUCCUGUUCCCAAAGGCGCCCUCCACCCACAAAAUGCCACAUGCAUCAAAGCAGAUCUUCUCAAAGCCGCUCAAGAUGUCAUCAGCCCCUCAUUGGACGCAGUCUACGCCUUCCACGGUAUCAUGUCUUCUGGCUCCGAAGCGAAUUUCGAGCUGGGCAUGAGUGUGAACAUCGACGCCACGCGCAACCUGCUCGAAGCUCUGCGCAAGACGUGUCCAGGUGUUCGAGUAAUCUACUCCUCCAGCCAAGCCGUCUACGGACAACCGCUCCCGGAUAUUGUCACGGACAGCGUCAUCCCGACGCCUGAAUCGUCAUACGGCGCAGAGAAAAUCGUGUGCGAGACUCUCAUCAAUGACUACACGCGUCGCAAAUUCAUUACCGGCUUCACACUCCGGUUCCCUACGAUUUCCGUUCGUCCUGGUGCGCCGACCGCUGCAGCUUCAUCGUUCCUCUCGGGUAUGAUUCGUGAACCUUUGAAUGGGAAAGAGUGCCUCAUUCCAAUCGAGGAUCGAUCUUUCAAGUCGUGGCUGUGCUCUCCCAAGACACUGGUACAGAAUCUUCUGCUCACUCUUCAACUACCUGGGGACUCGGUACCACCUCACAUUCGUCAGAUCAAUGUCCCAGGAAUCUGCGUGACCGUUCAGGAGAUGAUGGACGCAUUGAAGACAGUGGGUGGACAGGACAAGCUGAAGCUCCUCAGUGAAAAGGAGGAUCCUACAGUGGUGCCGAUCUUGAGGUCCUGGCCUACGAGGUUUGACAACUCUCAGGCGAUCUCGCUUGGAUUCAAGCGUGACGAGUCCUUUGAGCAGACUGUGAGAGAUUAUAAGGCUUCCUUGGAGCAGUCAUGA